CUCUUUUUUUUUUUCUCAAAUCUGUGACAAUCAUAAUGCUAUUACCUCAAUCGUUUUUAUCUACAUCAAGUUUGAAAAAUGAACAAGAAACUAAAACUAAAGGUACCACUUCCAAACAAUAUCCUGCAAAACGUCAACGGCGUAAUGAUCAAGUAUAUAAUACAUUAACGGAUGUUUCUUCUGGGUCAAGUAGUGAUACUGAUAGCGAUGAAGCAUCUGAUAAUAGUGAUACUUACUCUCAAAAGUAUUUAGAGAACGACAUUAGUAUUCUCACAACAAAGAUACAACAUCAGCAAUUGAAACAAAGAAAGUAUAUGGAAAAACUACGAGUUUUGGACAAGACGAUUCGAAAGAACACGGCGAAACUAGGGGAAUUGACACAAAAACUUAUCACACAGCAACAAACUCAUCCUCGCCAUACCAACAGUAUAUCAACACAUUCAACAUCUUUCGAGGCGCCUAAUAUAGUAGAAGAACAACCGUUAUUUAGUCCAAUCAAGUCUGAUAAUCGAUCGACUGAUGAUACCCCCAUUUCUAUGAAAACAACUUUAGGACGACGUGAAUCUGUGAUACAAAAGACACAUUCUGAUAAAAUAGUAUCAUCAACAAAGAAUAAGAUAGUAUCACGACUCAAGGGGGAAGACACGAACCGCAGCAGUAGUAGGAACAACAGCAGUGAUUCAUCAAAUGAAUGGGCAUAUCAGAACUCCUUUGAUAUGAUUUUGCGAAAGAAAGAAACGGUUGAUAAGGAAGCAUUUGACAGGAAAACAAGGCAGCUUUUAUUCAAUAGAGUUAAAUCCAAUAGCAAUCAACAUAUAGAAGAUUUGAUGGCGGUCUCAACAUUGAACGGGGAACUCCAAUUCUGGGAUACAAAAUACAGGAAAAAAGUCAAGGCUCUAGGAAGUGAUAUCAUAUUCAAGAAUACCUGGAUUGAAGAUAUGUGUUGGUCUUCAGAAACAACUUUGGCAAUGAUACCUGCGGUGAAAGGUGAACCAGGAACAAUUGAACAAUCUGUCGUUGUAGUUGAUAUCAUAUCAUCAAAUAAGGAUAAUGUCGAAGGAUGUAUUCGUACUCUGAUGAACAAACCUCAUGAAAAAGGUCUCGCUGUUAUAGCUUCUGUUGGUUCUGAUUUUGGCACAAAUUCAAUGCAAGAUGGAUCAUCUUUUGUGACGGCUGGUAUUGAUAAAACAGCGUAUCUUUGGAAAUUGACUCGUGAUGGACCAAGUGGAGAUUAUGUUGAAACAUUACAUCCAUUACAUAUUCGACAUACAAGCAGAAUCCAAGCACUCUAUGUUGACAAGGAUACAGAUACACUCUUCUCGGGGUCUGCUGAUUAUCGAUUAUGUGGCUAUGAUUUGAAGAAAGAAAUACCUACGUUUGAAACGAAAUUUGAAAAUAGGGUGAAUCACAUCAACUCAAAUGCAGCAACUCCCAACAAUUUACUCAUAAGUUUGUCAAGGAAGACUGAUCAGUUUUGUCUGGUUGAUAAACGUUGUGUUGGAUCAAAAGAGAUUUGCUUACAAUUUGGAUCUGUAGAGGAUGAAAAUCUUUCAAGGUAUAUAAGACCAGACUGGCAUGGCAAUGGGUAUACUGUGGUAUGUGGUAGUCAAGCAGAUCCUAGACUUAAAUUUUGGGAUAUGCGUUAUAUAAAUGUGUCGAAAGGUCCAUCUUUUACUGUUGAAAUGCAAGGUAUAUCAGGUAUUUCCAAAUCAAGUCGAAUUUCUCAAUCCGUCUUUUUACCAAAUCGUGAUACUAUGGUCACUGUGGCGUCAACUCGGGUAUUAACAUGGAUGGAUUAUAUUAUGCAACCUGGAAUUAAACCAUUAAUCUAGUUACUUGAUAUAUAUAUAUUUGUUUCUGUAUUGAAUAUCAAAUAAAACAAAACAUUCAAAAACA